GUUUGUUCUUCUCACGCUCACCUUCGUGUCGUCGAGGUUUCACGUCUGCCACCGCCCUUCUUCAUUUCGUCCGCUUUUGAUCGUCCGAACCGUUCCCCGACGUCUGAAUUCCACGUAAUCUCUCCACACGAACUCCUCGUCCUACCCUUUCUUCAUUUCCCUUUCUUGGUUUCUUGUUUUCUUUUGGGUCAGUCACUGCAAAUCCAAUCACGACACCGCUAUAUUCAGAAUCGCAACACGACCGCAAGCGACGUAAACGCAGACUAGGCCGUCAACACCAUGGCCGGUCUUCUCAGUGGACACCUCGUCAAUGCCUACGAAGCCUCAGGCUCCAGGAUGAACCGUUCGGCGUCGUCUCCGAUAGUCACGAUGGGCAUGAACACAAAGACCCGCUCGUCUGCCCCGUCGCACCAGCAGCCCCAGUCCGCGUCUUCCUCCACACAUAACGUUGCUUCAGCCUCCACGUCCCCGCACCCUGCCGACAUGACCAUGCACCAUGAUUUGACCGCGUCUACGUCGAUGGCGGGCGACGGCCUAAUGUCAUUUGACAGCGAUAUGCAUGGCCAUGGGAGGUUCUCUACCAGUGACUUCGGUGGUGGGCCCGACGACGGUGGGUUCGCAGGUGGAGGUUUCGGCGGCGGUGAAUACGGCGGGGGCGGCCCACCCCCAAACACGCACACAUUCUCCGCCUCGACAUAUGAUCGACUCUCUCUCCUGCAAACCAAGCUCAACCAGAAACUAGGCCCAGAAUACAUCUCAACGCGCCCCGGGCCGUCCGGCGGCCCCAAGCUCACGUACGCUGAGGGGUGGAAGAUCAUCAACGUGGCCAACGAGGUGUUUGGCUUCUCCGGCUGGAGCUCAAGUAUUCGCAGCCUCCAGACUGACUACGUGGACUGGAACGCGGAGACGCGGCGCUGCAGCGCGGGUGUGACAUGUGUCAUGCGGGUGACGCUGCGGGAAGGAGUGUGGCAUGAGGACGUUGGGUAUGGCCUGAUCGACAAUGCCAAGGGGAGAGGCGUCGCGCUGGAUAAGUGCAAGAAAGAGGCGGUCACGGACGCACUCAAACGCACGCUCCGGACGUUUGGGAAUCUCACGGGAAAUUGCCUGUACGAUAAGAAUUACACGGCGGAAGUGAACAAGAUCAAACCCGUCCCGGUAAAGUUUGACCAAGAUGAUCUCUAUCGGCCCCCAGUCAGAGUGAAGCCUGAACCACUGCCACAACCAGCUAAACCGAACGCGACGUCGACCCCAGCAAGGCCGAUCCCGGUUCCUCCACAGGCUCAAGCACCGCCGUCCGCACACGCACACGCACACGCACGACCACAGGCGCAUGUACCGGCGCACGGCCAGGGGCAAGCACAUACGCCAGUCCAAGCGCAAGCACAAGGACCCGCCCGGGCCCCAGCCAAUCCCAUGGUUGCCGCCCAAGACGUGAAACCAGAAGACACGGCCUACGACGAAGGGUUCGAGUUCGACGAUGACGACGAGUUUCUCUCCCGCGUGGAUCUCGGCGACGCCGACUUCGGCCGCCCGAUUGAGUACGACGAGGGCAACAGUGUGCUGAGCGCCGGUGGUGGUGCCAAAGAAGAGAUACCGUCCCCAGUCCCGCCGCAAGUGGCGAUGCCCCCGCCCCCCCUGCCACAACCACAACCAGCACAUCACGGCCCGAUGGGCUUGGGUCGGACGGGAUCGGUGGCGCCCCCGCCCAAGUUCAACCGGGAGCGAGCCAUAGCCACUCUGAACCAGGCCUCGGCGUCCCGGGUGGGGGACCCCUCCAAUUCGACUUCGACUGUGCGGAACACCCCAGCUGUGAAACGCCCGACUUCGGGUGGCCAGUUUACGUUUCCGCCGGGCAUGCAGAAUCCUCUCAAGCGCGGACCGGAAGCUCUUGCGUGA